AUUCUUGUGUCUAAACGCCUCUAAGAAAAUGACCAGACUUUCAAAGAUACUGUCCAUUUUAGGGAAAGUAGCUCACAACCAUGCAUGAGGGAAUGGUGAAUCCGUAAAUAAAUCAAAUAACAAGGGCACAUUAUCAAUCAUUUCACAAGCCAACAAAAACACGAAAACGAAUUGGGUAGAAUGAAUGAAAAAAGAUGAGGAAGUUAGAUAGAUAAUCGAACGAAUACCUGAGAAUUUCUCCUUUCGCCGGAGGCAUUCAAAGCCACACAAAAAAAUCGCCGUCUUUAAUGGCUGCCGCCUCAGCUAGGGUUUUUCUCGCUUCCCUAAAACCUCCGCCGCCGCCGCCGCCGCUUCACCUACCGCCUCUGUUUACUCACCACCUCCUUAUCCGUCCAUUACUUCCUUCACUUUCCGGCGCCGUAGUUUACAAUCGUCGGCGGUAUCCUGUCAACUGUCUAGUAUCUGGAGUAGACGGUGGCGGUGUUUCCGAUGACUUCGUUUCUACAAGGAAAUCAGGAUUCGGUAGUGAAUUUAACGUUUUAGCUAAUAUGCUUAAGCGAAUUGAACCGUUGGAUACUUCUGUUAUAGCUAAAGGCGUUUCGGAUUCAGCUAAGGAGUCGAUGAAACAGACGAUUUCUUCUAUGUUAGGAUUGCUUCCUUCCGAUCAGUUCUCGGUUACUGUUCGGUUUGGAAAGCGUCCUCUCGAUCGCCUUAUUGUUUCGUCUAUAAUUACCGGGUAUACGUUGUGGAAUGCGGAGUACAGGAUAUCUUUGAUGAGGAAUUUUGAUAUUCCGUCGGAUAAUUUGAAACGAUUCAAUUCGGCGGAGGAGAAUGUGAAUUUAGGGUCAAAGAGAGAGGGGAUAGAGGGUGGAGAAAGCGGAGUUGGUGUAAAUACCUCUUCUGCAGUUUCAGAGACAAUAGAUAUUCAAACUCUUGAGAAUUUAUCUCCGGAAGCUUUGAAAUAUGUUCAACAAUUAGAAGAGGAACUCUCAUCAGUCAAGCAGGAACUGCAUUCCCAGCAACAGGAAAAUUUGAAAAUGGAGUAUAUCAACGAAAGUAACAAUGAUUUGCUGGAAUACCUACGGUCUCUGGAAUCUGAUAUGGUGACUGAACUAUCUAGACCAUCAUCCUUUGAGGUGGAGGAAAUUAUUAAGGAACUUACUCAAAACAUAUUGCAAAUAUUUUUCAAAGAGGACGAAGUUAACAAAGAAGAAGAUCCUAAUUUUAGUGGUGUCAAAAACUGCCAAAGUAGCGAUGCCGAAUUAUGCGACACAAUAGGCACUUCUCGGGAUUACUUGGCAAAAUUACUUUUCUGGUGUAUGUUAUUGGGCCAUCAUUUGAGAGGAUUGGAGAACAGAUUACAUCUAAGUUGUGUUGUUGGCUUGUUAUGAUCUUGGGAAGUACAAAGAGGGAUGUACAUUCUGCUUCUCUUUUACUCCCCUUCUCUUUUUCUCUUUCUAGCUUAACCAUUCCUGUUAUUUAUAUAAGAAUAAUCCACAUAUCCUGUAAAAUUUUGUUAUUGCAAUUUGUGAGUAAUUGUAUGGGAGGGUGUACUGUCGAGAAUGAUAAAUCCAUUUCUCAGAUCCUCUUUGUCUUGAUAGUGUAAAUUGAUCAAGUACAUUAAAAAUGAUGCAUGCAGUCUGCAGCUGAUAGUUGAUCCUA